CAUGCAAAUCAUAAUGGAGGGUUUCCUAUUUACUUUCCCCAUCAAAUGACAUUAGCAUCACUUAACCCUACCUCAAUUAUACACAAUUCUUUCAUUUCUCCCCCCUCGCUGGAAAAAAUAAAAACCAAAAAGAUGAUAAUGUAUAUCUAUAUACAUAUAUUCACAGCAUAUACAUAGCCUUGCAAGAUAUCCAAGGCUAGUCCCAGAAUUGCCUUUCCCAGUUAUUUGUUUGCUGCGCCUUUUGCAAAUGGGAAGGUCUCCAUGCUGCGCCGACACUGGCCUGAAGAAGGGUCCCUGGACGCCGGAAGAAGAUCAGAAACUCGUGGACUAUAUUCACAAACACGGCCAUGGAAGCUGGAGGACGCUGCCAAAGCGUGCAGAACUCAACAGGUGUGGAAAGAGUUGCAGGCUCAGAUGGAUUAACUAUCUAAACCCUGACAUUAAGAGAGGAAAGUUCUCCGACGAUGAAGUGAAUACCAUCAUCAGCCUUCACUCAGUUCUCGGAAACAAGUGGUCAAGAAUCGCUGCUCAUCUUCCGGGGAGAACAGACAAUGAAAUCAAGAAUUAUUGGAAUACCCAUAUCAGGAAGAAGUUCCUCCAAAGGGAUAUCUAUCCCAAAACUCACAGGCCAAUAUCUCAUCUCAGUUUACUAGCAUAUCUUUCUCGGUUUCUAUCUUGCUCAAACUCCAGCAACUUGAUAAAUCCUUGGGAAAAUGCUGCUCAAAUAGCCCAAAACCAACUCCUGCAAAGCAUUAUGCAAGUUAUAAACACAAGUCCACUGCCAAAUAUGACAGAAACUAGCCUGUUGAGACCCCCUAUUCUCAUGACCCAAUUUACUGAUAUCCCACAAGCACCAUUGGAAUUUCCUGACUACUUUCCUGGCAUGGAUUAUCCAUUGGCAUGCUUUGAAGAUGGGUUUCAGAAGUUGCCGAUUAUUAUGACAACAUGAGCAGUGAUUUUCAUGCUCAAACAGGAACCGAACUUCCUGAAAUAGAUUCUGCCUUGGUGGAGGGAUCUACUGUCACCAAAAAGUGAAAGCAAAAUCAACUGAUCAAUGUUUUCAUCUCCUUUCCAUUUGGGAUCUUCUUUGCAGCCAAAUCUAAUUAAUGGCUACCAUCGUUGGUUCAGGGAAA